AUGAAGAUCUCUGCUUCCGUCGUCCUGCCUCUUCUCCCUGCCCUCGCUGCCUCGGCGGCUGUUCGUCGCCAGACAGGUGAUGGACCUCAGGGCGGUGCCGAUUCCACUCAAGGCGACUUGGGCGCGCGUCCAGCACCCAGGUUCCCCUUCCCCGUCACUCAAUUCCCAGUUCCCAAGGAAACUGUGGUGUUGACCGAGACACGCUACAUCCAGCCCGGCGAGGUCUUCGAUGGCCAGAUGAAGCGAUAUGAACGCGUAGAGGGCAGCUGCAACGAGCAGGCCGAAGGUACCGAUGCAGAUGCGGUGUUCAACUUGCUUCCCGGGUCGACGAUCAGGAAUGUGAUUAUUGGAAAGAAUCAGGCGGAGGGUAUCCAUGCGCUUGGUGAUGCGUGGGUUGAGAACGUAUGGUGGGAGGAUGUUUGCGAAGAUGCCCUUACUAGCAAGGGUUUGAACACUCAGCUUCGCGUCAUCGGUGGUGGAGCCCGUAGUGCGACGGACAAGAUCUUCCAGGACAACUCUGUGAGUAAUUGUGACAAGCGCAGGGGUUAUUUGGCCUUGCGCAAGCUCAAUAUCACCGGGUUCUACGCCGAGACCUUUGGAACUUUCUACCAGUCCUGUGGUAACUGCUUGAACCAAGCCAAGCGCAAUGUCACCAUCCAAAACGUCAUCGCCAUCAAUGGUACCAGGAUGGGCAUAAUCAACCCCAACUACGGUGACGAGUACCGUAUCAAGAACUCCCAAGUCGCAGACAUGAAACGUUACGUCGACAAGGAAAUUGGCAACAACGUGCAAACCGUCCCAUACACUGUUGGCACUGGACCAGACGAGAAGUACGCACUGUACAACCUUACCCGCGAUAGCAUCACCGAGUUCACGGGAGAGAUCCUGAACCAAUAUGUCCCUGAGGACCCAUAUGAGUGGUUGAGCGAGUUCUGGCCUAGCAUGAACAAUGGUACUGCCAGCAAGUAG